AUGAUUUCAUAUUUUGCUCUCUCUCUCUCUGUCUCUCUCACGCUCGCUCUCUCUGUCUGUCUCUCUCGUUCUCUUUCUGUCUCUCUUUCGCUCUAUCUGUCUCUGUCUCUUUCUCUCUGUGUUUCUCUCUUGCUCUCUCUUACUCUCUCUGACUGUCUCUCUUUCUCUCUCUCGCUCUCUCUCUGUUUGUCUGUUCCUCUCUCUCUGUCUCUCUCUCGCGUUCUCUCUGUCUCUCUUUCUCUCUCUCUGUCUGCUUGUCUCUCUGUCUCUCUCUUUCACUUCUCUCUCUCUCUCUCUCUUUCUGUGUUCAUCAUCAUCGUCAUCAUCAUCGUCAUCAUCGUCGUCAUCAUCGUCAUCAUCAUCGUCGUCAUCAUCAUCGUCGUCUCUUUUCACAUUUUCAUUUUCUUCUCCUUUUCUAUUCUAUCUUUUCUGCUGCCAUCUUUUUCUUUCUCUUUCUUUUUCUCUCAUCAAUUCUUUUUCUCUCUUCUUUCCCAUCAUCUCCUUCUCUUCACUUCCCUUCUCUCUCAUCGUCAUAAACACUUUCUUUCUCAUCAUCACUUUCUAUCGAUUAUUUCCCUCUCACUCAUCUACUUUUGGAACUCUCUGUCUCUGUCUCUGUCUCUGUCUCUCUCUCUCUCUCUCUCUCUCUCUCUCUAG